UUCGCAAACAUUAGGAAACCCAGGCAAAUGUGGAGCGGGGUAGAAGAGUGGUGUAGAGGUGUGAGACACGGCAAGACCUGUUCGCACACCGGCGUAGUUUCUCACAUACAUACACCCGCGCAAACUGGAGGGGCAAAAUGGACAAACACUCGAGUUGCAACAGCUCAGAGGGCACUGCGCCUCACACUAAUUCAAACAGAAAACUCUCUCGGAGUCUAGCGAGUUCUGGGUCUCGUCCGUCGAGCAUGGAGACCUUAGACAGUCCCACAGGUGCCCAUGUUGAAUGGUGCAAACAGUUAAUUGCAGCCACAAUCUCAAGUCAAAUCUCAGGGCCCAUCGCAUCAGAAACCAUCUCUCGAGACUAUAAGGACUAUGAUGUUGGUGUUAAAGGAUUUCUCUCGGACAGUGAUCCUCAGCAUACGCCCUCUUCCUUGGCACUAAGGGAAGGUAAUAAGCAAGCACAGAUGGAGGAGGCUCCACGUGUACCUGGGGAGACCAUCAAAGCCAUAGCCAAAGACGUCAUGUACAUCUGCCCUUUCUCUGGAGCUGUGAGCGGCACCCUGACCAUCACCGACUACAAGCUUUACUUCAAAAGUCUCGCUCGGGAUCCUCCGUUUGUUUUGGACGUGAACCUGGGAGCUAUUAGUAGGUUGGAGACAAUUGGGGUGCAAAGUCAUGGAGAGAACACGCGGGGCCUAGAAAUAGUCUGCAAAGACUUAAGAAGCCCAAGGUUUGCCUAUAAAAAGCAAGAACAAAGCAAGCUGGAGAUCCUUGAGGUGCUGUCCAAGUAUGCAUUCCCUCUCUCUCAUGACUUGCCUCUUUUUGCCUUCAGGUACCAGGAGAGGUUCCCAGAAGAUGGCUGGAAGGUCUAUGAUCCUUUAGCUGAAUACAAGAGACAGGGUCUGCCUAACGAGAGCUGGCUCAUCAGUAAGAUUAACAGUAGUUAUGAGGUGUGUGAGACAUACCCGGCGCUGCUCGUCCUGCCUGCCAGCAUCAGCGAAGAUGAGCUGAGAAGAGUGGCUGCCUUCAGAGCAAAGCGCCGCUUUCCUGUACUAUCAUGGAUUCAUCCUGAGAGUCAGGCAGCUAUAGUGCGUUGUGGUCAGCCUCAGGUUGGCCCCUCAGAUCGCCGCUGCAGAGAGGACGAGCGAUACCUCCAGACCAUCCUGGAUGCCAACGCCCAGUCGCAUAAACUCUGCAUCUUUGAUGCCCGGCAAAGCAGUGUGGCAGACACCAACAAAGCCAAAGAUGGUGGCUAUGAGAAUGAGAGUGUCUAUCCUAAUGUGGAGCUGAACUUUCUGGAGAUUCCCAACAUUCAUGUAAUGAGGGAAUCUUUACGCAAGUUAAAGGAGGUGGUAUAUCCUGCCAUUGAUGAGCAGCGUUGGUUCUCCUCUGUAGAUGCCACACACUGGCUGGAGUACAUCAGGCUGUUAUUGGCUGGUGCUGUAAGGAUUGCUGACAGAAUUGAGUCUGGGAAGACCUCAGUGGUGGUACACUGCAGUGAUGGAUGGGACCGCACGGCACAGCUUACCUCUCUGGCCAUGCUGAUGCUAGACUCACACUACCGCUCGCUGAGGGGCUUCCAGGUGCUGCUGGAGAAAGAGUGGCUCAGCUUUGGACACCGCUUUGCCUCGCGCGUAGGACACGGUGAUGAGAACCAUGCUAACUCGGAGCGCUCUCCUCUCUUUGUGCAGUUCAUAGACUGUGUUUGGCAAAUGACCAGACAGUUCCCCUCUGCGUUUGAGUUCAACGAGCUGUUUCUCAUCACCGUACUGGAUCAUCUCUACAGCUGCCUGUUUGGGACAUUCCUCUACAACAGCGAGCAGGAACGUGUUUCAAAGGAAGUGUUUACUAAGACCGUGUCACUGUGGUCCUACAUAAACACUCAGGCUGAGGACUUCACCAACCCACUUUACAUGAACUAUGAACAUCAUGUUCUAUAUCCAGUAGCCAGCCUCAGGCACCUGGAGCUCUGGGUCAGCUACUAUGUACGCUGGAACCCUCGCACAAGGCCACAGGUGCCUGUUCACCAGCAUAUGAAGGAACUGCUAGUGAUGAGGGCGGAGUUGCAGAGAAGAGUGGAGGAGCUACAGAGAGAAGCCUCUUCAUCUCGCUCCCUCUCCUCAUCCUCAGAUCUUGGGGGAACAACUAUGCACACCACCGUAUGAUAAAUCUACAGGAGGAGAGCGAAUGAAACUAGCCAGUAAAACAUUUUCAAACUGUACAUUGUCCAAAACAGUACUCUUCAACCCUUAAUGUCCAUUUCCUUAAUUCCUUUUUAUUUAUAAAAGGACCAUGCCUGUGUAAUGAGUAUAAUGUGUGGGGUAAACUCAUAUUUCAUCUUACACAUGUGCACAUAAGUUUGGAUACACCUGGUCAAAUUACAUGUUUUGUUGAUUUUCUAAGUGAAUAUAAGUUAACAAAUCCUGUACAGAGAACACACUUUUGCACGUUAGUAUACAGAAUUACUGUUUUUUGCUGAACCUAACAUAUUGGGGAAAGGAAACAUAAAACUGGCCUGUGCAAAAGUUAUGGCACAUUUUAUAUUGUAUGUUUUAUUUUUUGUCUGUGUCCUGUAGAGGGUGUGUUAUUUUCACAUAGAAAACCCACAAAACAUGAAAUGUGACCAGGAAGGUUGAAACCUUUGCAUAUGACCGUAUACUUUAUGGAUAGAUGGCAGCUUUUUCAGUGCUGGUGUGCCCCUUUGCACCAUGAUAAUGUGGUUGGGCUGCCACCUGGUGGACGUACAGUGGUGGAUUGUGGGUGUUUCCGCAUCAUAAGUGCACAAAGUAAUAUUUUAGUUUUUAUCAUUAAGAAUUUAAGGUUGCUUGUUAUUCACAAACCUGGGAAAAGCUAUAGGAAGUAACUCCAGUGUUGCCUUUAGCCAUGUUAACAAUAAAACUGUUCCCAGCAAUAGGACCUCCGCCUUAUGACCAAGACCAUCUCAUGUACUACUGUUUUAGUAACAAAUUCCCCUCAGCGUAUUUUUACAAUAUCAAACAGUCAAACAGUGUGCUACUACAUGCCCAUAUCAGAUUACCUUGUGCAAGCUUUUAAACAAGGGGAACAUGUAUACUUAUCAUGUGUGUUGUGAUUACCUGUAUUAACUAGGCUAACAAGGUUUGACUGGCAGCAACAGUGAGAACUCCAGGAAUGUGUCAGGUGCCGUAAACUACUUGUGAAUAUUAAUAUACUGUGUUUCAGAAUUUGAGAUUUUUACAUUCCAAUACACUAAAUGCCCAAAUGUUUGUGGACAGCCCUUCUUAUUAGUGAAUUCAGCUGCAUUAAGGGGCACUCACUGUUAACACAGGAGUUCAGAUGCACACACAGCUUGUAUAGUCUCCAUAGGAAAGCACUGACAAUAGAACAGGAUGCUCUGGAGCAGCCGCAGGUCACAAUGUCCAAUGCCAAGCGUAGGCUAGUGGGGUAUGAAGCCCCCCAGCAGUGAGCUAUGGAGCAGUGGAACUGCAUUCUCUAGAGUGAUGGAGCACCAACCAGUACCUUUGGGAUGAGUUGGAGUGGCAUUUGUGAUCCAGAACUAAUCAUCCAACAUCAAUACCUGACCUCACUAGUGUUCCCAUGGCUAAAUGCAGUUUAAAUCCUCACAGCAAUGUUUCAACAUUUAGUGUACUGCCUCCCCCGAAGAAAGACAGUUACUGCAGCAGAGGGGGACAACCCCCAUUUAAUACUCUUGUUUUUGGAAGAAACAUUGGAUGAGCAGGUGUCCACUAACUUUUGGCCGUAUAUUGUAUUUUGUGCCUCACAACAGUAGUUAAGAUCAUUUUCAGAACUGUGUAUUAAAGUUAAACUGAGCUUUAAAAAAAAACAUGUCUGAGAUAAAAGGAACUGCACAUCUGCAUUUUAAGGAGAUGCAGUGUGCUGUUGAGCUUACUGUUUAAUUUACAUACAGUUAAGAACAGUUUUUAAGGUUGUAUAUAAUAUUAUGAGUUGCUCUGAAAACUGUUCCUUAUUUCUUGUCAUUUGCUCCCAACCCUGGUUUUAGGGAACGCCUGCACUGCAUAUUUUAGGUUUUUCCUCUUCUGUAAAACACCUUUUGUUAAAACAAAAUAAGCUUCUUAACAAGCCCUUACUGAGUGGGAGGGUUUAGAGCAAAACCAGACUCUUGUUUUAUUUGUAAUAAUAACUUAUGCCAGAGCACACUGACCAGACAAACACCAACAGAUUGGUGUGCUAUACCUGACUGAUUGUUGGGCGGAUCUAUCUCUUUUUCUCUCUCAUAUUUGGCUUCCCCUUCUAAGGACAACUGCAAACAUCAGAAUAUUAGUGUUUGUUGCAGUGUUGGUCAGAGUGCUGUGCCUUAAAGAUGAAUUCCUCUAAUUUUUUAAGAUUUUAAAUAAAUUUGAAGUACUAAAGUGUAAACAAGUCAUUCAAAGUGUUUUGAUGUGAAAUGCUUUAGUUCUAGAGAAACUUGGCGAGCGAUGUUUAUAGGAUCCAGAUGUCCAAAGUAGACCAAAGACUGAUAAAGUAUGCAGAGAAACAGAUGAACUGUACUCUCUAAGUGUAGAAGUAUAAGCUGCACCUAUAUGGUGAGUGGAGCUGAUAAAAUGUUGCAGAAAUAAGGAAGAGUACAUAAUGAAGUAGCCGGGUGGUGUAUCUUGGCUAUUGAAUUACGCAAAAAAUCAGAAAUUUUGUUAGAGUUCCCCUUUAUGUGUGUACUUCCAUCUAUGUUAGAAUAUACGGUGUUUUAUGACUAGUUGCCUGGAAAAGAUCCAAGUAUGGAGUUUGCUAAAAAAGAAUUGAUGGAGAAUUUUGAUGGGCUUUUCACAGCAAAAAAAGUUUAUUUUCUAAGAAAUAACAACGACAAGAUUAGCCUACUGUCUGUGUGUCAACAGCAAAUUUGUAGACACCCGCCGAGCUCCAUUUAAAUUAGCAUUCGGUUGCUCGACCUUCAAAAUUUCUCCUUACAAUAUUAUUAAUUAGUACGUGUUAGGUUUGGGGUUUGAAACAUUAUAACUCGAACAGCAGUGUUUCUGUUCAUGAUUUAUGACGGUACUACUACGCACUCACGCCAUCAAACAAUCCAGUGUUUUCAUG